UGACUUGGUGGAUCCAUAAGGGCUAGUUGGUAUAGUUAUAGCAUAAGUUUCCCUUUUUCCUACACUUUCUUGCUCCACUUCGAACACUCCAAUUACAAACACACACUCUCUCCCUACCCUAUCUUUCUCUCUCCAUCUUAGAGAGAGAAAGAUCUAAUUAAGCUUACUCAAAACAGAGAAAAGUCCUAAAAAAGAUCGAAAUGAAAGAAAAAAGACUAAUCUGGUCAUCAAUCUUAGUUUUAUUGUGUCUUUUUCUAGUUAAAGGCAUCAAUGGUGGAAACCCAUAUCGAUUUUACGAUUGGAAAGUCACUUAUGGCUUCAUUUAUCCAUUGGGUGUUAAGCAACAAGUGAUAAUGAUAAAUGGGCAGUUUCCAGGGCCACAGAUUGACUGUGUGACCAAUGACAACUUGAUCAUCAGUGUUCAUAAUUACUUGAAUGAGCCUUUCCUACUGUCAUGGAAUGGAUUGCAACAAAGGAAGAACUCAUAUCAAGAUGGAAUGCCAGGAACAACAUGUCCAAUCCCACCAAGAAGGAACUUUACAUACAUCCUCCAAGCUAAAGAUCAAAUUGGGAGCUUUUUUUAUUUUCCUUCCCUUGCUCUUCACAAGAUUUCUGGUGGAUAUGGAGCCAUUCGAAUUUAUAGUCGCCCUCGUAUUCCUGUCCCUUUCUCUCCUCCUGCUGGAGACUUCACUCUUCUUGCUGGUGACUGGUACAAGUACAGUCACAGGCAACUGACAAAGCUGUUAGAUAGGGGUCGCAACCUCCCUAUGCCCGAUGGUCUUCUCAUCAAUGGUCGCGGAUGGAAUGGUUAUACCUUCACUGUUGAACAAGGGAGAACUUAUCGGUUUAGGAUAUCGAACGUGGGAACUGCAACAUCGAUCAACUUCAGGAUUGCAGGGCACAAGCUGAAGCUAGUAGAGAUUGAAGGGACUCAUACUUUGCAAACCACUUACUCUUCACUUGACAUUCACUUAGGACAGUCUUACUCGGUCUUAGUGACUGCUGAUCAAGCCCCUGAUGAUUAUUACGUUGCAGUCUCUACACGAUUUACUAAUCGUGUACUCACCAACACCGCUGUUCUACACUACCGAAAUUCUUGGAAGAAAGUCUCUGGUCCUAUCCCCGGUGCCCCUACUACGCAGAUUGGUUGGUCUAUCAAUCAGGCCAAAUCUUUCAGGAUGAAUUUGACGGCAAGUGGUCCUAGACCGAAUCCACAAGGAUCAUACCAUUACGGCUUGAUCAAAGUACAGCAAACCAUAGUGCUUGCGAACUCUGCAGCACACAUCAACGGAAGGCAGAGAUACGCAAUCAACAGUGUGUCGUAUGUCCAGGCAGAUACGCCCUUAAAAUUGGCAGACUACUUCAACAUUCAGGGCGUCUAUUACCCCAAUAGUAUGCCUAGUUACCCGACAGGGCGCCCUGCCUAUCAACAAACCGCAGUGUUGCAGACUAAUUACAGAAGUUUCAUCGAGAUUGUGUUCCAGAAUCAAGAAGACUAUGUUCAGUCUUACCACAUUGAUGGUUACGCUUUCUUUGUUGUUGGGAUGGAAGGUGGUACAUGGACUCCUAGGAACAGAGCCAACUAUAACUUGAGAGAUGCAGUUACUCGCUCCACUGUUCAGGUGUAUCCAAAGGCGUGGACAGCGAUAUACAUGUCAUUGGACAAUGUAGGAAUGUGGAACAUAAGAUCAGAGAAUUGGGUAAGACAGUACUUAGGACAACAAUUUUACAUGAGAGUUUAUACUCCGUCUCGUUCUCUAAGGGACGAGUAUCCUAUCCCUAAAAACGCCCUCCUUUGUGGUCGGGCAAGAGGGCGACAUACUCGCCCUCUUUGAGAAUCUUUUUUAGUUAUUAACGUAUGAUAGUUUUUCGAGUCCAUUUUAGUCACGAGAGUGUGACAUUAGUUAGUCUACUAGAUCCGCGAUUAUCAGAGAAAAUUUGCCAUAAGCUUUAUGGCAAUAUGGGAGGGGUUUUUGGCUUGGGAGGAGGAUUCUUAAGUUGUGUAAUUAGAAACUAUUGUUUCAUGCCUUACCUCCCCGAGUGUAUUGCAAAAAAUGUAAUUUGAGAACGUUUAUUCUAGUUGCAUUGUUUAUGAAAUAAAUAUUUGAAUUUAUUGGUGUUUAAAUUCAUUGUAAUUUUUUGCUAAAUAUUUCCUUCCGUUUCU